CAGGUAAGCCCUUUUUCAGUUUCACACAGCUUUGACUUAAAGCGGAAGCGUUCGUCUGCUAAACGUUUGACUCAUACCAGGAGAUACUUUAUGUGUUUGUUUACCUAUCAGGUGGUAAUAGGCUGGGUAAUAAUUGUAAAUGAAAGUGGCUUUAGUUUGCUUUAGUGUAUUGACAGGAUGUGUCGUAUUGUUUGCUUUUAUUUGGGAUACAAUCGACGGGGAUCUUGCGAAUUCAAGAUCUUGGGAAGAGAAAGAAGGAGGGCCUCCUUAUCCAGGAGACAAACUUGAAAAUGUUUUCUGGUUUAUUCAGAUAACUGACCUCCACAUCAGCAGAUACUGGGACCCAGCACGGUCAGAGCAUCUCUCUAUUUUCCUUAAAGAGCGAGUACCUGCCAUUAAACCCAUUGUCAUUCUUGUCACAGGUGAUCUGACAGAUGCCAAGGCUGUGGACCACCAGGGCUCCAGACAGUAUUUAGAUGAAUGGCAGACUUAUUGGAACACCAUACAGAACUCUGGAGUACUGAAGACAUCGGUCUGGUUGGAUAUUAGAGGGAAUCAUGAUGCCUUUGAUGUUCCCAACCUAGACAGCCAGGUCAAUUAUUACAGGAAAUACUCUAUCCAAGGUCAACAGCAUGCCCAGUCAUAUGCAUAUCAUCUGAAGAGGAGUUUUGGGACAUAUAACUUUAUUGGAGUGGACGCCUGCCCAGAUCCAGGCCCAAAGAGACCAUUUAAUUUCUUUGGAUAUCUUACAAAGGCCAGGCUGGCUGACCUGCAGAGGCUCGAGCAGGCUAACAGUGGCGCAAACAUGACAAUAUGGUUUGGUCAUUACCCUUCCUCUACAGUGGUGGAAGAGCAUCCAGGCUUGCGACGAACACUAAGUAGUGGGAUAGCAUACCUCUGUGGUCACCUGCACACACUGGGCAAUCUUGUCCCUCAGAUGUACACUUAUCAGUACGCAGGCUACUUAGAGCUAGAGCUUGGAGACUGGAAGGACAACAGGAUCUACCGCAUUAUGGCCAUAGAUCAUGACAUUUUGUCCUUCACCGACGAGUCGUUUGAUCACUGGCCUGUGAUUUUGAUCACCAACCCUAAACAUGCUCUGUUCCAAGUGCCUCAUCAUGAGAAGCUAGACAGAAUUGCCAAGUCUACACAUAUCAGAGUGUUAAUUUUCUCACCCUGGCCUGUGGAGACAGUGACAGUAGAAGUGGACCAUAUUCCAUUACCUGGCGUUUCACAUGCUGGCAGUGGUCUCUAUGUUAUCCCAUGGAAUCCCCAACAAUAUUUGUACGGCCAGCACACUAUCACAGUUUAUGCAAAGGAUUCUCUGGGGAAUUCGAGAGAAAAAAGUCAACCAUUUUCACUGGAUGGAAGUCGCCCAAAGUUUAGAUAUUUGCCAAGUUUUCUACUGAUGUUUCAUAUAGAUUCUAUUGCAUUGAUGGUUUUUAUGAUGUCCUGUUUGUCUGUGAUUUUGCCUUUGUAUGUAUUAAGAAAAUGCAACCUUCCUCCAAAAGCCCCUUAUUCACUUACAAGGGGAUUCUUUAGAUGGCCAACACGUUAUAUUUUUACGAGAAUCAAGUGGAUAUGGAUGGUCUCCAAAUGUGAUGUUUUAUACCACUGUUUGACUGGUUUUGUCAUAUAUGUGGCCAUUGGCCCAUGGUUUGUUGGACACCUUCUGUAUGAGUACUACGGUGUUGUGUUUUCAUGGGGUAUCUUCAUCAAAGGUACAUACAUUCCAGGCAGUAUCACAUAUUUGUAUGGACUACUCCAAAAUUUAACUUUCAACAUUCCAUUGCUGCUACAUUUUGGCUACAUGUUUGAUUUCAACCAGCGUCGGAAGACUCGCUACCAUUCACGAUUGCACUUGAGUUGGCGCAGAGACUGGUUCUUCAUCUUGCUCCUUACAUUCCAGACCUACAUGGCGUACAGCGGCUAUUACCUGGCUUAUGGAGGCGUAGCCCUCUUACUUUGCCCAGUCAGGACCUGGUCCGUGCUGUUAGCCAUCACCCUUCACUGGAAAUGUGCAAAAUUACUUGACCCUACAGAGAUAAAUUCUUCCCUGUAGUCAUUCACAGCUGUCCAACUACGGGUAUUAAUUUGAUCUUUCAAGGCUCACCAGCAAUCAUAUGAACCACCAGAGGCAACCACUUUACAUCUGGUUCUGCAUUUAUUUAUUUACAUAUUUAUUUAGUAUUCCUGAAAGUUUAAUUGUCGGCUCUCGAGUGUGUGUGGAAUCAUAUUGAUUCGUUACAUGAACCGCAGUAAUAGGACGUGAUGAUUUAACUGUUAUGCUACCUGAAAACUGUUCUUAAAUGACCUGAAAUUACGCCCAUGACAAAGUUGUUCUUCUAGAUUCUGAGAGUUCUGUUGACUUUAGAAGUGUAUUUUGGGGUUAAUUUGGAAGGUACUAUGAUAUUAUGCUGGAGAAAAAGUAAGUUUGAAUACUGAAAGUAAUAUUUCUGACAUUUAUUUCCCCUUAAAGAUGAACUCUUUUAAAGACAAAAUGCUAGGUAAUUUUCCAUACAUCCUGAGCCAUAAGUUAGAGUGCUCUAACACAUGAGUAACUCCCAGCCUAUUUCUGUGUGUCUCGUUCAGUCAAGUUACAUGAAGGAAUUCCCUUACAUUGAUUAUCAUAGGUCACUGGAAUGAGUGUUGUUGUAGCACUGAGCUGCUCUUAUCCUACUAGUUUCAGCUAACAUGUACUUGCAUGAUGUAAUCAGAGUUGAGUUAAAUUUAUUCUGACCACAGGUGCCUUUACAUGUUUUGAAAUGACAUGAAAACUUAAAUUUUUACUCUUUUUUUGCUAGUGUAAUGAUCUGUAUUUAGGUAUUGUUAAAUCAUACAUCCAAAAAUGUUUGACAUAGCUGACAUAUAAAUAUGUGUAUGUUGUUGCCUUGUGCACAUGUAGCUAAAGAGUCAUAGCUAAAAUAGUGUCAUUGGCUUCCUGUGUUUUUUAAUUGAAAUGUUGUAAAACUGGCACAUUUAUGAGGAGAGGAGAGCAAGCUUUCAGGGUUUUAGUCAGUCUCAUCCCUAUCUUUCCUGUUUUCUCUCCAUCUCACUGAGUCUAUUUGAGUUAAAUCCGCCAAACAUUGCAUUUAUUAUACAUUCGAAAUAAAACUGUUGUUUAGUUUUAAGGUUUACUGUCAAUGCUCUUUUGGGGCCCUCGCUGGUCGAGUGGUAUAAAUUGCAGCCACUGCCUUUUGGUUUAUACAUCACUUUAGUCUGGUGAAGUCAGUACAUUGGAUCGUGUACAACUUUACUUUGGGAGGCUAGUCAGACAACUGGAGCUGAUUCCGCAAAGAAUAUUGUGAAGUCAAAAUUUAAAACUUUGUCACAAUGCUUAGUUUUUUGGCACUGAAAAUAGGAAUUUUGUCGCAUUUUGUUUAAAGACAAUCAAAAUUUUAAUUUCUAGUUUAAAAAUUGUUUUUCGAAGUCAGAAAUAGCUUUGAGGAAUGACUUUUUGCCUUUAUGUAUCACAAUAUAGGUGAUGUUCAGAUGCAAGUGCAGAACAUGACAAAUUAUCUUCACAUCUGUCUUUAUUAUCCCAGAAAUAAGAUAUAAAAAAAAAAACAUGUUAUUAUAUUAGCACCUGGAUUAAUCCAGAAUUCAUGGCAGGAUAUCACUGGAUUUAAGUAUCUUCUGAGAUUUGCAUUAUGAUAGGGAAAAGCUUUACACCUUUGCUGCCAGUGUUAAUGUAUGCAAGCAGUCUUAUGUUUAUACAUUAUCUCAUUACCUCAAGUGAAACUUUCAGCUGGAAGGGAGUCAGAGAGGCCUGAUAUUCUUGACUUAGUUAAGUCAAGGUUAAUUUCAUACGCAUUACAAAAUUAUGCAGUGCUUCUGCAGUUGGCUUUACGUCUCAGUGUACAUUUUUGUACAACCCAAGCUCUGUCUUUGUUUUAAGCAAGCACAGUUACAGCUUUACAGAAGUUAUUGUACACUUGUGUUUACACUAUGACUUAUAUUGUCAUCAAGACAAAUUGGCAAUAUUGUACUGUACGAACUUGAAUCCGGAUCCUGUGAGUUCUGCUCAGUCUGUUUUAAUGUGCACAAUCUCAAAUAA